AUGUGGCAGCUGAAAUUGGCUUUCUUUGUGGCCUUGGCUUUGUGCAGCAGCGAAGCGAGACCUUCGCAUCAUUUUGAUCACCACUUCGAGCCUCAUUUCAAUCACCUGGAGCAACUUCAUGGCCAUGUCGAUCAUGUGGAUUAUGCAGCACCGCUGCUUGAAUCCUUUGCUCCUGUGCCAGCUCCUGCUCCCGUUUGGCCAGCUCCUGCACCUGUAGCUCCAGCACCUGCUCCACUUUGGGCACCAGCUCCUCUCGCGCCUACUCCUUUGGUACCUGCUCCUGCUCCUCUGCUGCCCGCUCCUGCUCCUUUGCUGCCUGCUGCGCUACCCGCUCCACUGUGGCCUGCUCCAGCUCCCCUGGCACCUGCUCCACUGCCAGCUUUGGUGCCUGCGCCAGCUCCAUUGCUUCCCGCUGUGCAUUUGCCCACGGUGACACAGCUACUGCCACCUGUGCUCGAGUCGGUGCCUUUCGCUUCCAGCUAUCGCGCUAUUCCCGGACCCAAGACCACCUCACACCGCGUGUCCUUCGGGUAUGCUUUCCCUAAGCUGCUGACAGCUCCACAUGCUCAUCUGCGUGCUCUGCCCCUGAAGUUGGCUCAUCAUCAUCAUCAUCAUUCGCUUUUCUAGUUUAGAGUUGGAUUUGGAGUUUCUAAAGGGAAUAUUGGAGUCAUAUUUUAAU